AUGUAUUCCAAUCUCCAUGCCAAGCUUUUGAAUAUCCUUCACCACUGUGCUAUGCUUAUCCCUAACAUUAAUUCUCCAUCUUCAUGUGUUCUUCAAGCUUCCGGCUCUGAGUUUCAACCUGCACUAAUAAACCCAGUUCAGCCAACCAACUCAGAAAAAAACAAAAGUGCAGCAUUUUAUGCAUUAGGCAUAGGGGCAUGUGCUUCGGAUGAUGUUGAUAAAGAAGAGCUUAAAUAUGUUUACCAUGAAAACAAUCAGAAGGCUAUCAAAGUCUUGCCUACAUUUGCUGCUUUUCUUACAUUGGAAUCAUUGCACAAUGGUUUUGAUCUCCCAGGAUUGCAAUACGAUCCACGCCUUCUGGUGCACGGACAACAAUACAUAGAGUUGUACAAACCAUUUCCUUCAAGCUGUCAUGCACAAAAUAAAGUUAGUCUCGUAGGAUUGUAUGAUAAAGGCAAGGCAACAAUUUUAGAGAUUGAAACAAAAGAUUAUGAGAAAGAAUCUGGCGAUGUAUUAUGCGUGAACAGAUCAAGAGUCUAUCUACGCGUUGCUGGUGGCUUCUCGAAAUCAUCGAAAUUGUUUUCCUACUCACAUUACUCUUCAAACCAGACCUCAGUUGUACAAAAUUCCUGA